AUGGGCAAGCGCAAACUCGGAGCCCUCGAAAAGGUGGACGCGGACCUGGCGAACCUGCAGAACAAGAUCAAACGGGACCCGAAAUCCUACCACACCGACUUCCUGCACCAGCACAUCCAGUAUGAGAACCAGCGACAGAUCUUCAUGCAGGCGCCGACGACGGCUGCGGUGUCGUCCAGCGGAGUCAUCUCUUUCCGCGACCUGAUCGAGUUCGUGGCGCACGUGGCCGACUGCUACAGGGAAGAGACAAGGGAGUUUCCGAAACAGUUGAUUGAGAUUCUAUCGGCGCACCAUGCGACCUUGGAACCCGAGCUGAGGGAAAAGAUCGUGGGCAGUCUGGUGCUGCUGAGAAAGAAGGACAUCAUCGACUCACACACGCUGCUACAAUGUUUCUUCCCCAUCCUCACCUCCACACCCAGCAAAUCCCUGCGGGCGCUGCUGUUCCAAAAGAUCCUGAGCGACCUGCGCUCCGCGAAUUCCAAGACCACAAACCACAAACUGAACCGCAGCGUGCAGACAACGCUGCACAACCUGGUCACAGCGGACGACCGAUCAUCCCCCAAGGCGCUCUGGGCGGUCAAGAUCACGCGCGAGAUGUGGAAGCGGCAGAUCUGGACGGACGCCAAAGCCGUCGAGAUCAUGAAGGAGGCCGCGCUGGCCGACAACGAGAAGUGCGUGGUCGGGGGGUUGCGCUUCUUUCUGGGCGGCGACAAGGAGCGAGAAGAGCUGCUGGAGGACGAGAGCUCCGACGAAGAGACUACUGUCGACAUGAGCAAGCUGCGACACCAGAUUGGGGUCAACAAGAAGAGCAAAAAAGCCGAGAGAAAACUGGAAAAGGCCGCCGCGACGGUGCGUCGGAAAGAGAAGAAAAAGGGACAGCCUCACCCAUUGAAUUUCUCGGCGUUACAUCUCUUGCACGAUCCGCAGGGGUUUGCAGAGGCGAUGUUUUCGAAGCACCUGCAAAGUGCGCGGUCCAAGCUAAACCUCGAGCAAAAGCUGCUAGCCUUGCAACUGGUGUCGCGCCUGAUCGGCUUGCACAAGUUGACCGUGAUCAGUUUCUACUCCUACUUCCUGAAAUAUUUGACGCCCCGACAACCUUCGGUAACAUCAUUCUUGGCAUCGCUGGCACAGUCGACACACAACCUCGUGCCGCCGGAUAUCCUAGAGCCGCUGGUCCAGAAAAUCGCCAACGAAUUCGUCUCCGAGGCAGCCGCUGGGGAAGUCGCCGCGGCGGGUUUGAACGCGAUCCGCGAGAUUUGUGUGCGGCAGCCGUUGGCCGUGAACGAAACUUUACUCCAGGAUCUGGUCAUGUAUCGGAAAAGCAAGGACAAAGGGGUCAUGAUGGCUGCAAAGGGUCUUUUGGGGUUGUACAGGCAAGUCGGUGCGGAAAUGCUUCGCAAAAGAGAUCGCGGGAAAGACGCGUCGCUGGGCCUCAGGUUGGGCGAACAGAGACAGCAGAGGUUUGGUGAAGAAGCCGAGGGGGAGAUUGAAGGGUUAGAGCUGCUUGAACAGUGGAAAGAACAAGAAAGGCAGAGGAAGCGGUUGGAAAAAGGUCUUGCUGCAACUGCCGGGUCUGGGGACGAGGACGAGGAGGAAGAAGAAAGUGACGAGGACGACUGGAAUGCGUGGAACGUCGAGGAAGACGUAGACAGCGACGAUUCAGGAGGGUGGAUCAACGUCGAGAGUGACGACGAGAUCAACAUCAGUGACAGCGACGACGAGAAACCCUCAGCAAAGAAAGUGCGGUUCGACACGCAAGUCUCUACAAGCGACGACAAAGAGAACGACGGCGACAAUGAGAAGCCCGUCGACGGGGCAGAACCGACUCCUCCGACAAAGUCAAAACUCGCCACGACCAGGAUCCUGACGCCCGCCGACCUAGCCAAGUUACAAGAACUGCGCACGACCGCCUCAGUCUCAUCACUCCUGAAGAACAAGAACCACAAAUCCCACCACGUUGCAUCCUCAUCAUCGCAGGCGCAAACCAAUUCGCAACGCCACGUGGACGACCCUCUCACGGCGGCCGAGAUCGAAGGUCUGGCCUCGCUCUCACGGGGAAAGGCGACUCGGGCACAGAAGCUGGCCCUGCUGCAAGAACACAAGGACGACCGCGAGCAACACAAGUCCAAGGCCGCGCGGAAGAAGGAGCGCAAGGAGUCCGAGGGCAAGAGCACGACCAACAAGGAAAAGGCGCGCAAGAAGAAUUUCCUCAUGACCCUGGGCAAGGCAAAGUCCAAGGGCAAGAGGAGUUUGGUCGAGCACCGCAAGAUCUUAAGGGCGCAUGCAGAAAGGGGGAAGAAAGGCGGGAGGAGAGGUAAUCGAGGCUGA